AUGGUAACAGAAAAAUGGGUAACUUCCAAACAGAGUCAGGUUUCCUCAGCUUGCCGUGUUACAAGUCCCCACGGCUCUGUCAGCAUUGUUAAUAAUCUGCCUAGAUACAUAAGAAGGGAUUCUAAUUAUUUUCACUUUUCCCCGCUAAAACGUAUUUCCCCUUUGGUCAUUUUCACAGUCGUCUGCAUGGCGCUUUGGUUUGUGGGUUUCUGCUAUCUGACCAACAACUGGAUGACCACAGUCGAGAUAUCCCUGCAGCUCAUCCGCACACGAGAUGUAGACAGAAGCGGUGUUACUACUGCACUGGCAUUCCUUUUCUUCGGCGUCAUCACAUGGGUAGGUGUGAAGGAUCGUUUGGUAAUAACUAGCCGAACAGGAAAUGGAUUAUUGCUUUUUUAA